AUGGGUGCCGCAUAUAAAAUAUUUGGCAGAACUGUUCAACCUCAUGUAUUGGCCAUAUCUACAUUCGUUGCUACGGCUGCUGUGACAUCUUACUUUACAAUGAAGCCAAAGAGUAAAGAUGAAACCAAGGAAGUCCCUCACCUGAACCAACAGAAUGGUGAGAAACCGUCAACAGCGAAUGCUGAUGGGAAAGAUGAUGAUGUUAUGAAAAGUAUUGAAGGAUUUUUGAAUGACCUGGAGAAGGAUACAAAACAGGAUAAAAAAGUCAACUGA